AUAGUCCUUCCUAUGAAGAGCAAGAUUUUGUAUUUUACAAGAAGCAUUCAACUCCAUUUCUGAAUACUGGACUCCAAGUGGGUCCAAAACUAUUAUAAAAAGAUUUUUUUUUAACAUUAAGACCCCUACUUUCCUGAGAAGAUGCCGACAACGAGGAAAACACUGAUGUUCUUAUCUGGCUUCUUCACAAGCUUUGGGUCCUUCAUCGUGGUCUGCUCCAUGCUCGGGACCCAAGAAUGGAUCAGCAGCAGCAUUGCUAUCAGUGACUCCUCUUCAAACGGUAGUCUUGUGGUCAACUACGGGCUUUUCCGUGGCACGAGUCGCCAAGAAUUCAGUCAUGGACUUGAGGAAUCACAAAAAGCCUUUGAAGUUUUAGGCAAGUUGAACAGUUCUUCGCGAAGAACUAUGCACCUGCUGGUCAUCCUGCUCCUGGUGCUCAGCCUGUGUGCCUCACUGCUGAGUUCCGGCUUCACCUUCUACAACAGCAUCAGCAACCCCUACCAGACGUUCCUGGGACCCGUGGGCAUCUACACCUGGAGCGGCCUUGCUGUGGUCUCCGUUUUCUUGGCUAUGAUACUGUUUGUGGUGAACACACAAGUCCAUCUUCUCUCGGAAGCGCUGGCCCAGACGCUGUACCCACUGUACCCAAUGGCCACCUACAAAGGAACGACCCACAGCUACGGUUACUCGUUCUGGCUCACGCUGCUCGUCCUUCUCCUAAGUGCUGUCACCGUGGUCAUCAUUGUUUUCUACCAGAAGGCCAGACGGCAGCGGAAACAGGAGCAAAGAAAGCCAAUGGAAUAUGCUCCAAAAGAUGGAAUUUUAUUCUGAAUUCUACGUUAUGUUGUUUUGUCAUUACGUCUAUUCUGUUGUACAUCAGCCCCGAGCAGUUACUGGCUAGCUUGUCGGGACAAUCACAUGGUUAUGGGCAGCCCUGCUUGGCUGUCACUUUGCGAUCAAUUUGGUAUCUCAUGACACUCCGUGAAUGUUGUACCUUGUACCACGGCUCUUCCCUCUAGGGUGGGGACGAUGAAAGGGGACUGUGUCCAGUCCCUGCAGGGUUCAAAGCAGUAGAACAAUUCCAAGGCCAUGGAUCCUUCCAACCCGGUCUCACUCUCUAAGAUAAUAAAGGUUUGUGGUGCACACCUUUA